UCCGUGGUGACUCUGUCUUGAUUUCACAAUAUAAGAUUGAAGAGAAUGUACAAGGACGGCCUUUUCCUCUGGGAUGUUUGUAUUAUAAAAUUCAAUAUAUAAAAUAAUCAUAAGCAAAAUCACAAGUCACCUACUUAACUAUCUAAAAAAUACUGGAAGAAUACUUUAUGGUAUUUGGUUUGACGAACGCAGUAGGACUACGUUUAGAAGGCAGCCAUCUUGCAAUCCCUAAUCAAAGAUCUUCGGCUAGCGGCUAUCGCUGUCUGGUUUUCAGCCAGUUAAUAUCAACACACAGUUCAUCAAAUGGCUUUAAAACGAAUUAAUAAGGAACUUCAGGACCUUGGUAGAGAUCCACCGGCGCAAUGCUCUGCUGGUCCUGUAGGAGAUGAUUUAUUCCACUGGCAGGCUACUAUUAUGGGACCACCUGACAGUCCAUAUCAAGGAGGAGUAUUUUUCCUUACAAUUCACUUCCCCACAGAUUACCCAUUCAAACCACCUAAGGUUGCUUUUACAACUAGAAUUUAUCAUCCAAAUAUUAACAGUAAUGGAAGUAUUUGUUUGGAUAUUUUAAGAUCGCAAUGGUCCCCAGCACUCACCAUAUCAAAGGUGUUACUGUCAAUAUGCUCUUUGCUCUGCGAUCCAAAUCCAGAUGAUCCUCUGGUACCAGAGAUAGCAAGGUUAUACAAAACUGACAGGGAGAAAUACAAUGAAUUGGCACGUGAAUGGACGCGCAAGUAUGCCAUGUGAUGCGCCAACCUCCGUUGACUUCAACAUCUAAAAACCACCAACAAGCAGCCCCAGCCUAUUGCCACUUAUGCAUCAGCACCGAUUGAAAUUAGUUAUGGCUCGUCUACUUUUAAACUUAAGCCAGUACUUGGGAUCGAAGAGUGCUCAGACAAACGUGGUCGAUCUGAAAUUUUCUUCGUCCUGAGAGGCCUGCGAAUAUUGAGACGUUGCCACAAUGGCAAUUGAGGCAAUUUUAAAGGUGGUCACAUAACAUUAUAUAUAUAAAUCAGGAAAAAAAAAGAAAUAUGUCCGCUUUGAUUUUCAUAAAUAAAAAUGGAAGUAAAAUAUAGGAGAGUGAAAGUAGGAUUUGUAUUUGAAUUUAAUAGUUUAAUUUCUAAUUAUUAUGCUUAUGAUACCGUAAUUAUUAUGUACCUACUUUCUCAGUGAAACGAAAACCUUUGAACUGACAGCACACCAAUUGUUAGUUUUAACGCAAGUGAGCAAUGUUUGCCCGUCCCUUGGAACGAUGCAGUCACAUUUUUGUAAGACUGGGCUAUAUAUAAAUACUACUGAAACUAUACCUGUAUGUUUUGUUCAAUUAUUAAAAUUCCUUACCUAUCUAACAAAUUCUACGAGUAACUCGAAAUUUGUGGUUUGGUUCCUGUGUGUGUGUAGUAGUUUAAUUAUGCAUAUCGUUAAUCGAUAAAUUGGACUAUACAAGUCAAAGUAACUGAAACAUAUGCAGCAAGUAAGAGAAAAUUUGUUUAGCCACUUAUCUGACCGCGACAAAAGUACCUGCCGUUCACGGGCCUGUACGAUAUUAAUACCAAUCAAAGACAUUCACAGUUUUUUUACGGCGUAGGUUUUACGUCACUCGGUCUUAUUUACGUACUAUUGGAAGGAUGUAGUCAUUGAUGUCACUAUUUAUCGAUAAAUGAUGGAAAGCGAAUUACAUUUUAUUUGGAUUCUCACGUAAAACGCGUUACGGAGUAGAUCGAAAUUAUUUCAAUAAGCCUUGGAGCUUAAAGGACGGAUUUAUAAAAUCCUUCGUAUUCAUUUUAUAUUAAUGCGUCAGUUAUAUUAUCAGCGAAGUCAUGCGUUGUACCUUGCGAAUCCAUGAUUCGCCUGUCACUCUAUUUUAUUCGAAUCAAUGCGUUUACUAUUGUUUUGCGUGUAAAUUUUUCUUUAAGCGAUAACUUUUUAUUAUUAUUAUUAUUAUUAAUUAUUAUUAUUAUUAUUAUUAUUACUAUUAUUACUAUUAUUAUUUAGAAUCUGUCUUAAGUUUCCUUGUCAACCACAAUAUAAAUACGUACCUUCACUAUUACUAUCUCUGCAAAGACCUCUACUAUGCGAACAGAACUAACCGUUUACGUAGAUUUUAAUGUUUUCGAAUAUACCAAGAUACGUUCUCAAUGCUAUAUAUUUUUUCAUAUAUUGUGGCUGUAAAGGAUCCGCAGUGAGGUUUCAGACUACUCUACCUAAAUCUACCUAAUACAAUCUAUACGUGAUGAAGGAUCACGUUGCUGCCACGUAACGUAUCGUUCAUCGGUUAGCUCGUUUAAAAUAAUUUAACGAUGAUGCACCUGUCGUUCGGUGCUAGCAGUGUUUUCGGCUUCUAAAUCUAGAUAAUGGUAUAUAAAGAAAUCCCGAGAUAUCGUAAUGAUGGUCACUUAAUUAGAAAGUAAGCAAAAGGAAAAAGAAAAUGACAAAAAAAAAAAGAAUACAUGGAAACGAUUCUGUCUUGCGAGCGAUAAGAUCAAUUGCGUUGAUGGUCAAGUCUCGAAACUGUAAAUCGGUGCUUAUAAAGUAUGGCAUGCUCGCGGAGCGACUAACGAAGCCUAGAAAAGACAAAUCGAUUAGUAUGUAAGAACAGCGUAUCACUUGUUAAUGUCGAUUCUGUCUCGUACGAACCUGUAUUGCUGUAAUUUAAUUACGAGGUAAAACGCUCAGGCAAACACAGGUAUUCAGAACAUUUUGCCACGAAAAAUUGAUUCAUCGUUCACAACUUCUACUAGGAAGGAAAACUACUCAUGUGUAAUUAAUUAUUACUAUCGCAAUAAUGAACAUUUUUAAUAACGUAUCUUGUGUACAUUUUAGCAUUAGCCCUUUAUAUAAUAAAUUCCAACAUGAUGAUAA